GCCGCCAUCUUGGCCGUCGCCUUGGCCAUCUUCUCGGGCCGCGCGCCGGCCGGAAGUGACAGGCCUCCCGCCGAGCAGGGGGGGUCACCGCCGUUGGGCACGCAACAUGGCGGCCACCGCGGCCUUGGCCGUGGCCUCGCGCACCUCCUUGGGCCUGAGGGGGGCCGUGCUCUUCGUCACACGCGUCCCGUGGACCGCGGCCACCGGCGAAAUCAAAGAACACUUUUCCCAGUUCGGCCACGUCCGCAGAUGCCUCCUACCUUUUAACAAGGAGACAGGCUUCCACAAAGGUUUUUGCUGGGUUGGGUUUUCUUCAGAAGAGGAACUGCAGAGUGCUUUACAGCACGAAAGUCAUCUGAUUGACGGAGUUAAACUCUUCGUUCAGCGUCAACAAAACAGAAAGUUUAUCUCCAACCUACCGAAGAAGGACCAGGGAGAUUACUAAGUGUAGCCCAUACUGGGCGUGGGGUUGAACAGUAAAAUAAGUAUCUCAGCAUUG